AUAUAAACCUUGACUUCUCUAUUUUUGUGCCAGUCUCCUCCAGUCUCAGAAUACCAGCAACGCUUAUUUUCCUCCAUAAAGAUGCAAGAAAAAAAAGCAGAAACCGCAAAUAAAAAUGCGAAGAAGGCGAAUCUAUUGGAUCACGGCUCCAUCAAACACAUCCUCGAUGAAUCCGUCACUGAGAUUGUGAAGAGUCGCGGAUAUGUAGAAGAUGUGAGGAUGAGCAAUAUCAGAUUAUUGCUUGGAACUAUUAUUAUUGUAAUCGCUCUUGUUGCUCAAUUUUACAAAAAGAAGUUCCCCGAAAACCGUGAUUUCCUCAUCGGUUGCAUCGUAUUAUAUAUAGUUUUCAAUGGAGUACUCCAGCUGGUCAUAUACACUAAGGAAAAGAAUGCAAUUCUCUUUACUUAUCCUCCUGCUGGAUCCGUAACCAGUACUGGUUUGGUGGUCUCGUCAAAGUUACCAAGAUUCUCUGAUCUUUAUACACUUACGAUAGCAAGUGCAGAUCCCAAGUCGAUAUCUGCAGGGAAACCGGUUGAGUUGACCAAAAGUGUUACUCAAUGGUUCACUAAGGACGGAGUAUUGGUUGAGGGCCUAUUCUGGAAAGAUGUCGAAACACUAAUAAAUGAUUAUGCGACAGAACCAAAGAAAAAGAAGUGAUCAUAGAUAGACCAGCUUUGGAUGUCAAACUGCAGGUUUCACAUGCCAGGUUUCACAUGCCAUUGGUUGCCAGCGUUUUGAUGGGGUUAGCUCUUUACCAUUUAAUUGAUUUGUUUACCUUAUAGGUUAUGCUACUUAUAUUUCUUGGAUCAAAUUAUGGUUUUGGGUUCUCUGCAUUUUAAUUUGGCUGAUUUGGUCUCUUUAUCUUUAUAAUAUCAUCAGUUAGUUUAAAUAA